AUCUCACUGCGGGAGGGGCGACACCAUGAGCCAGUCCGGGGCAAUGGGCUGCAGGGGUGAGGAGGUCUGAGAAUCGGCCGAGGUUAAGUUGAGGGACUCCAGGAGACUGCUUGGACCAGCGGAGUGAGGAGAGGGAGGGGCCAAGGAGAGAGGUCAGCCAGGGCGUACCCAGCCGGGGAGGUGUAAGGGAGGGCUGUCACUAGGGGCGCCCUUGCGGGUCAGACACCAGGAGCGCCGUGGCUGGUGGCCCCUGGGGGGCGCCACGCAGGCGGGGCACUAGGAGCAUCCCCACCCAGCUCACCAGAGGCCGCGGCAUGCGGCCAACAGGGGGCGCCGUCGUGGGGGCGGCACUGGGAGCGCCUUCCGGAGAGACGCAGUCGGCUGCCACCCCGGGAUGGGUCCCUGGUGCCAGAGCCUGGCCCGCGGGCAGCGCCCCCGGACGUCUGCCCCCUCCCGCGCCGGUGCCCUGCUGCUGCUGCUGCUGUUGCUGAGGCCUGCCGGUUGCUGGGGCGCAGGGGAAGCCCCGGGGGCGCUGUCCACUGCUGAUCCCGCCGACCAGAGCGUCCAGUGUGUCCCCAAGGCCACCUGUCCUUCCAGCCGGCCUCGCCUUCUCCGGCAGGCCCCGACCACCCACACACUGCUCUCGACCACCAUGGAGACCCAAUCCCCAGUUUCUGAAGGCAAAAUCGACCCAUAUCACUCCUGUGGCUUUUCCUACGAGCAGGACCCCACCCUCAGGGACCCAGAAGCCAUGGCUCGGCGGUGGCCCUGGAUGGUCAGCGUGCGGGCCAAUGACACACACAUCUGUGCCGGCACCAUCAUUGCCUCCCAGUGGGUGCUGACUGUGGCCCACUGCCUGAUCCGGCGUGAUGUUAUCUACUCAGUGAGGGUGGGGAGUCCGUGGAUUGACCAGAUGACGCAGACUGCCUCCGAUGUCCCAGUGCUCCAGGUCAUUAUGCAUAGCAGGUACCGGGCCCAGCGGUUCUGGUCCUGGGUGGGCCAGGCCAAUGACAUCGGCCUCCUCAAGCUCAAGCAGGAACUCAAGUACAGCAAGUACGUGUGGCCCAUCUGCCUGCCUGGCAUGGACUAUGUGUUGAAGGACCAUUCCCUCUGCACUGUGACAGGCUGGGGACUUUCCAAGGCUGACGGCAUGUGGCCUCAGUUCCGGACCAUUCAGGAGAAGGAAGUCAUCAUCCUGAACAACAAAGAGUGUGACAACUUCUACCACAACUUCACCAAAAUCCCCACUCUGGUUCGGAUCAUCAAGUCCCAGAUGAUGUGUGCGGAGGACACCCGCAGGGAGCAGUUCUGCUAUGAGCUAACUGGAGAGCCCUUGGUCUGCUCCAUGGAGGGCACGUGGUACCUGGUGGGAUUGGUGAGCUGGGGUGCAGGCUGCCAGAAGAGCGAGGCCCCACCCAUCUACCUACAGGUCUCCUCCUACCAACAAUGGAUCUGGGACUGCCUCAAUGGGCAGGCCCUGGCCCUGCCAGCCCCAUCCAGGACCCUGCUCCUGGCACUCCCACUGCCCCUCAGCCUCCUUGCUGCCCUCUGACUCCGUGUGCCCUCCCUCACUUGGGGGCCCCCCUUGCCUCCGUGCCCAGGUUGCUGCAGGUGCAGCUCUCACAGCCCUGAGAGUCAGGGUGGAGACGAGGUGCUCAAUUAAACAUUACUGUUUUCCAUG